AUGACGACGUUUCCUCUUUCGCAAUGGCAGUUCAUAGUGGAGCACUUCAUCAAGAAUCGCGACGAUCUCUUCAGCGUGGCAGAAAAUAAGUAUGGCUGCCGAGUUGUACAGCUCAUCAUUGAAGUCCUUUCUGACAGCACUAAGGUGAGAGACAAGAAAACUCUUAAGCAUAGACCUGAAAUGCUUGAAGAAAUAAUGGGCCAUCUCCUCUCGAACUGUGAGCGCUUGGCUUCCAAUGAGUUCGCAAACUAUGUCAUUCAACACAUUAUAAAGGCGGGACCCUUGUCAGACUACCGUGAUAGACUCAUCGAACUUUGUCUGCUAAGAAACUUACUGUCGCUAUCGCAAGAAAAAUAUGCAUCACACGUGGUUGAAAAAGCCUUAGAGUUUGCUCCUCCGGCGCUGUUGGCAGAAAUGAUGGACGAAAUAUUCGAUGGAUAUGUACCUCAUCCGGAAACCAAAAAGGAUGCUCUAGACAUCAUGUUAUUCCACCAGUUUGGCAAUUACGUUGUUCAGCGUAUGCUCGAUAUCUGUUGCGAAGCAGCCCGCGCCAAAAAGUAUUGUUUCUACUAUUUUAUACAUUGUUAUGCAAGUUCGAGUGUGACUUGGGCCAAAGUUUUUGUUCUCAAUGCUUUAUUUGGAACCAAAUAUGAACAGAGAGGAGCUCGCUGCAAUCAUUUCGCUGCUAUUGCGUGA